AAGGGAGGAAGGCAGAGAGGGGACCUGGGAGGAGGCAGGGGGAAGGCGGGGGGCGGGGACUGGGGCUCAGCCCAGAGGCUUGGGGUGGGCACCCUGGGCAGGGCAGGUGGCUGAGGCGUGGGCAGGGGAGAAUGCGCCUCUCCAAAACCCUGGUCGACAUGGAAAUGGCCGACUACAGUGCUGCGCUGGACCCAGCCUACACCACCCUGGAAUUUGAGAAUGUGCAGGUGUUGACGAUGGGCAAUGAUACAUCCCCAUCAGAAGGUGCCAACCUCAACGCGCCCAGCAGCCUGGGUGUCAGUGCCCUGUGUGCCAUCUGUGGGGACCGGGCGACAGGCAAGCACUACGGUGCAUCGAGCUGUGACGGCUGCAAGGGUUUCUUCCGGAGGAGCGUGAGGAAGAACCACAUGUACUCCUGCAGAUUUAGCCGGCAGUGCGUGGUGGACAAAGACAAGAGGAACCAGUGUCGCUACUGCAGGCUUAAGAAGUGCUUCCGGGCUGGCAUGAAGAAGGAAGCCGUGCAAAACGAACGGGACCGGAUCAGCACCCGGAGGUCAAGCUAUGAAGAUAGCAGUCUGCCUUCCAUUAACGCGCUCCUGCAGGCCGAGGUCCUGUCCCAGCAGAUCACCUCGCCUGUCUCUGGGAUCAAUGGCGACAUCCGGGCAAAGAAGAUCGCCAACAUCGCGGACGUGUGUGAGUCCAUGAAGGAGCAGCUGCUGGUGCUGGUGGAGUGGGCCAAGUACAUCCCCGCCUUCUGUGAGCUCCCUCUGGAUGACCAGGUGGCCUUGCUCAGAGCCCACGCUGGCGAGCACUUGCUGCUGGGAGCCACCAAGAGAUCCAUGGUGUUCAAGGACGUGCUGCUCUUAGGCAAUGACUACAUCGUCCCUCGACAUUGCCCGGAGCUGGCAGAGAUGAGCCGAGUGUCCGUCCGCAUCCUUGAUGAGCUGGUCCUCCCUUUCCAGGAGCUGCAGAUCGAUGACAACGAGUAUGCCUGCCUCAAAGCCAUCAUCUUUUUUGACCCAGAUGCCAAGGGCCUGAGUGACCCGGGGAAGAUCAAGCGGCUGCGCUCACAGGUGCAGGUGAGCCUGGAGGACUACAUCAACGACCGCCAGUAUGACUCCCGGGGCCGCUUUGGCGAGCUGCUGCUGCUGCUGCCCACGCUGCAGAGCAUCACCUGGCAGAUGAUCGAGCAGAUCCAGUUCAUCAAGCUCUUUGGCAUGGCCAAGAUUGACAACCUGCUGCAGGAGAUGCUGCUGGGAGGGUCCUCCAGUGAUGCACCCCACACCCACCACCCCCUGCACCCUCAUCUGAUGCAGGAACACAUGGGAACCAAUGUCAUUGUGGCCAACACAAUGCCCACUCACCUCAGCAACGGACAGAUGUGUGAGUGGCCCCGACCCAGGGGGCAGGCAGCCACACCUGAGACUCCACAGCCCUCCCCGCCAGGCGGCUCAGGGUCUGAGCCCUACAAGCUCCAGCCAGGAGCCAUCACUACCAUCAUCAAACCACCCUCCGCCAUCCCUCAGCCGACCAUCACCAAACAAGAAGUCAUCUAGCAAGCUUCUGGGGGGUCAGGGCUUCGUCCCAGCCCCACCAGGUUUUUGAUCUGGGGAUCAAAACCUGGUCACCACAAAGGAACAUGUGACAGCAAGGCCAGCCCCAGAGCAACAAUGGAAAGGGUGCUGGGCCCAAGACCCGCUGCCACCCUUGGCCUUGUGACCUGGAUGACACAGUUUUGCCUUGUGGGAGGCCCCAGCUGGGAAAUUCUCACUGCCGUGGACCACAUCUGUCAUUUUGAAGUCACUGCCUUCACCUCCAUAUCUACUCGACCCCCUCCCCCAACCUCUUCACCCUGAAAGGAUGAUUGUCUGAAGAUAUGGGACCUUGUCCAAACACAGCUCUCAGCUUUCCCAGUUGGUGCUGGCCCUGAGGUCCGAGCACAGAGCCCCUGAGGUUGGGUCAGCUGGUGGGUCCCCAUAUGUCCCUUCUCUUCACUGUCACCUUCCUCAGUCAUUCUAGAUGCCUUCUAUAAACCCUGACUGAGGCAGAGGGUAGGGGUCCCCCAUUCCUCUCUUCUGAUCCCACCAUACUUCCCUUGCUCAGGCCCUGGGCUACCUCCUCAGAGUGUUGGUCCCCAAGAGAGCAACCCAAGGCUGGUGACUGCCAUAGGAACCUGGAGAGAGGACAGGAACGGCCAGGGAGAGCAUCUAGAGAGAAGCAGGUUGUCACUUUGUGGCAGGGUGGAAGCAAGGCUGGUAGAGCGGGUGAGACAGGACAGUGGGAAGGAGAGAGCCUGGACCACGGUGCGGAUGUGCGGAGGAUCUGGAGAGGGACCUGAAGAGUGCUAGGUAGGCAGAGAUGGGAAGGCUGGCAGACUUCAAGGUCAGCUGAAGGUCAGGGGCUGCAGUGAUGCUGGAGAGAGCACCAGAGCCUGGGGGUGGGUGGGUUAGAGGAUCCCCAAGUGGAGUAAUGGCCAGAAGGAAGCACCUUCCCCCCAAGCCCUGUCUCAAACACUUGCUCACUCCCAGGUGCUGCCCUAAGGCAUCAUCCCCAAGACUCCUUCCUCUUGCCUAGAAAUUGCUACAGAAAAUGAAAUUGAGUUCUAAGGGUUAAGCGAUCUUUUGUCAGUGCCACAUCCCGGUCAGGACUCAGUUCUCCCUAAUCAGAGCAGAUCUUACUCAUCUGAAAGGACCUUCCACUUCCCACUGUGAUUAAAUCAAAACACUUCCUGAUCCUUCACCAGCCACAAACAUAAAAGGUUUCUUCUUUCUAGAAGUCUUGCCCACUGCCAGGUCUAAAGUCCCCUGAAGCUCCAGAAUCCUGCUUGCUGAUAAAUAUGAAGGAGAAUUCAUGAGUCCUGACCCCUUUUCUCUCUUGACUCCGCAGGUCUGGGGGAGGGGCAGUGGGGACUUGGUUGCUGAGAGGCAGACAAAUGGAACUUGACAGUGUAGGGAUGGGACAGUUUGGGUGAGGGGCAGGGGAAAUGUUUGAAAGCCUGGGAUCAUUUCUUGAAAUACUAAACCCUAAGAUGGAGCAGCCAGUGCCUCAUCCCUUCCCAUAUCUUUGGGAAGAGUCUAGAAAGUUCCAUUUGGCAGUGGAAAUAAAGGGCUAUGUCCUGGGGCUAGGGGGUGUAAUUAGGACAAUGAGCCAUCAGGCUGACAAAUUCCUUCCACCCAAGGUUGAUCCUUCAGAGUGGAUCUGUACCCUAGUGCCCAGAACAUCCCACCUACUAACGAUAGUUCCUCUUUGCAAAAAGCACAGAGAAGUAUGGGGUGAUUGUGUUGGAGGAAUCUCCACGCAUACACACAUACACACACACACACACACACACACACACACACAAACAGGUGUGUCAGAAUGGGCCUUCCCUGCUCCAGAAAGCCAAGUUCUGCUUCCACGCUCAGAGGCAGCCCCCCUCAAGCCAUCCUCAAUCACCCUCACUCUGGUGCCCCCAGAAAUUCCAUCCCAUUAGCUCAGACUAGUCUGCAUGUGUGAGGUGGGAAAGCUAGUCUCAUUCUAGUCAAUGUGGUCUUCCCCACUUGUUGCCCCCUGUACCCCACUAUUGUGGAGCCUUCCUGGGAGCACAGUGGAGAUCAUUUCCCAUGGAAUGAGUUGGAGUCACAGUGUCCUUUAAUGAGCUGGAGUUAGAGGGUCAGUCCUCUAUCCCUGCCCAUCCUUUUCUGAAGGAGAAAUCCAUUCCACUUGAAGAACCUUAUUGCAAUGCAGGAAACACAAAAUAAACACAAGUUUACUUUUCUGAUUCUAA